AUGGCAAAAGCCAGAAUUUCAGUGGAUCAGAAGGAUUUCUUGUGUCCAGUGUGUCUGGAUCUCCUGAAGGAUCCAGUGACCAUUCCCUGUGGACACAGUUACUGUAAGAGCUGUAUUACAUGCUGCUGGGAUCAGGAGGAUCAGAUGAGAGUCUACAGCUGCCCUCAGUGCAGACAGACCUUCAGUCCAAGACCUGCUUUAGCUAGAAACACCAUCUUGGCUGAAAUGGUGAAUAAAUUAAAGAAGAGGAAACGUCCUGCUGACUGUGAAGCUGGAGCUGGAGAUGUGCAGUGUGACGUCUGUACUGGACAAAAAUACAAAGCCGUCAAGUCCUGUCUGAUCUGUCUGAACUCUUACUGUCAGAAUCACCUCGAACAACAUGAGAGUUUCUUCAAAAGAAAGAGACACAAAGUGACUGAUGCCACUGGACGACUGCAGGAGAUGAUCUGCCAGAAACAUGAGAAGAUCCUUGAGACGCAGCUGAAGAAGACACAGAAGACGUUCCAGCAGAGAAUCCAGCAGAGAGAGAAAGAUCUUCAGCAGCUGAGAGAGGCUGUGGAGUCUCAUAAGCGCUCUGCACAGACAGCAGUGGAGGACAGUGAGAGGAUCUUUACUGAGCUCAUCCGCUCCACUGAGAGAAGCCGCUCUGAGCUGAUACAGCUGAUCAGAGAUCAGGAAAAGACUGCAGUGAGUCGAGCUGAAGGACGACUGGAGCAGGAGAUCAAUGAUCUGAGGAGGAGAGAUGCUGAGCUGGAGCAGUUUUUACACACACAUGAUCACAUCCAGUUCCUGCAGAGUUUCCAGUCUCUCUCAGCACCUCCUGAAUCUACAGACAUAAAUGACGAUACCUUCAUUUCUCUCUUCUCUUCUGAUGGUCUGAGAGAAUCUGUCCUUCAGCUGAGAGACAAACUGCAGGAUUUCUGCAAAGAGGAGCUCAAGAAGAUCUCAGACAGAGUCACAUUCACCAACAUUGUUCUCUGGACCAGGAAUAACUUCCUACAAUAUUCCCAUCAGCUCACUCUGGAUCUGAACACAGUGAAUAAAUGCCUCCAUCUGCCUGAGAGCAACAGAGUGAUUACUAACACUGACAAAGUCCAGUCGUAUCCUCGUCAUCCAGACAGAUUUGAUUAUUGGGAUCAGGUGUUGUGUAGAGAGAGUGUGUGUGGACGCUGUUACUAGGAGCUGCAGUGGAGUGGAGAUGAUGGUGUUUAUGUAUCAGUGUCAUAUAAGAGCAUCAGCAGGAAGGGACGGGGUUAAAGAGUGUUUGUUUGGAAAUAAUGAUCAGUCCUGGAGUUUGAUCUGCUCUCACACCAGUUACUCAUUCAAACACAAUAACAUACGGACUCGUAUCCCUUUGAAGUCCAUCAGCAGUAGAAUAGGAGUGUUUGUGGAUCACAGUGCAGG